AUGACUGCUCAAGAAACUGUGCCAAGCCAGUCAGGGCAGGAGGAGAAAGAAGAAGCUGCCGCAGAGGGCUCAGAAGUGCUGUCGGACUCGCUCCUCCUGAGCAGCGUUAGUGAAGCCAAGCAGCAGGUGGACGCGGCGUAUUCACGUGCUCGGAAGUGCUUACAGCAAAAACUAGGGGAUGAGUUUGCCAGCCCAGUGGAUUUCCUGAAGCACUUAAAGGAUCCAGUAGGAAGAACCAGAUCUGCAGUCCGUGCUGCCGACUACUUGGAAACUACUUUGAAGCUCCUCAAAAGAAAGCUGCGGCAGUCAGGGAGGAUGAGAUUCAACAUUACAGACAUAUUGGAUAGGGAACAGAAGGAGAUGAUUUCCAAAGAAACUGGCUGUGGCUAUCAGAUUCGCCCCGUUAAAUGCCCAGGGGGUGACAUUUUCCGGACCAUUACUGGAGAGUGCAACAACAGAAAGAAACCUCACUUGGGGGUUUCCAACCAGGCAUUCGCUCGCUGGCUCCCAGCAGCGUAUGAAGAUGGAGUGUCUGUUCCCAGAGGAGCAACUGAAGGAAAGCUUUAUAAUGCAUUUCCACUCCCACUGGUUCGAAAAGUGUCCAAUGAAAUUGCUCAUACAGCCAAUGAGAACAUCACUCAAGAUCAAGAGCUUUCUCUUUUCUUCAUGCAGUGGGGCCAAUGGGUCAACCACGAUGUAGACUUGGCCCCUUCCAGUGGCAUAGGAGCAAACCCAGAGCUUCACUGUGAUGCUGACUGCAGCUUCAGGCCCCCUUGCUUCCCAAUUAAGUUCCCCCCCGAUGACCCGCGGAUGCUGAAAUCAAAUUCCUGCAUGCCAUUUAUCCAGUCAGCUUCUGUGUGCAGUCCCUGGACGUUCACUCGUGAGCAGAUCAAUGCUGUCACCUCCUUCAUCGAUGCCAGCAUGGUGUACGGCAGCGAGGAGUCUGUGGCAAAGAGCCUCAGGAACCAGACAAACCAGCUGGGUCUGAUGGCUGUGAACCAGAAUUUCACUGAUGCUGGGUUGGAAUUAUUGCCCUUUGAGAACAAAACAAAAAGUGUUUGUGUGCUCACAAACAAGAGCAUGAACAUCCCCUGCUUUAGAGCUGGUGACAAACGGGUAACGGAGAACUUGGGACUUUCUGCUCUGCACACUGUGUUCCUCCGAGAGCACAAUCGCCUGGUGACAAAGCUGGGGAAGUUAAAUCCUCACUGGGAUGGAGAAAAGCUUUACCAGGAGAGUCGAAACAUCAUAGCUGCCAUGACCCAGAUAAUAACAUACAGAGAUUAUAUACCACUUCUGCUUGCAGAGGAGACCAGCAGGUGGAUUCCCUUGUACAGCGGUUACAACGAGACUGUGGAUCCGACGGUGUCAAAUGUUUUCUCCCUGGCCUUCCGAUUCGGUCACACCUCAGUGCAGCCUUUUGUAUCCCGUUUAGAUGACAGCUUUCAGCCUAUGGGUUCACUUUCCCACGUCCCUCUCCAUCUGACAUUCUGUGCAUCAUGGAGAAUUAUAAUGGAAGGUGGCAUCGAUCCGCUGAUACGCGGCAUGGUGGUGGAUCGUGCGAAACUGAUGAAACAGAAUCAAAUGCUCGUUGAGGAGCUGCAGAACCACCUUUUUGAGCAAACAGAGAUCAUGGGUCUGGAUCUAGCAGCUCUGAACUUGCAGCGGGGAAGAGACCAUGGACUUCCAGGUUACAAUGCCUGGAGGCGCUUCUGUGGGCUCUCCCAGCCUCAAACAGUGGAUGAGCUCUCUGAGGUGCUGGGCAAUAGUGAACUGGCCAAGAAGUUCAUGGUCCUGUAUGGGACACCGGACAAUAUUGACCUCUGGAUUGGGGCAAUUGCAGAGCCCUUCAUUCCCCGGGGCAGAGUUGGGCCCCUCCUGGCCUGCAUCAUUGGCACCCAGUUCAGGAACUUGCGUGAUGGGGACAGGUUCUGGUGGGAGAACCCAGGAGUUUUCACUCCGCAGCAGUUGGAAGAACUGACAAAAAUCUCAAUGCCAAGAGUGAUCUGCGACAACACCCGUAUCAAAAAGCUACCCAGGGACAUGUUCAGGGCCAGCAGCCCUGGGAACUUUGUUGAUUGCCAUGAGAUUGACGUGCUCGAUCUCUCAGCCUGGAAAGAUGAGCCUGAGAGGGGCAGCAAAGUGCUGGAAACUCCCAAUGAUGGCACCCCAUUGCUUUUUGGAACCUGCUGCCCAUAUGUCCUGCUGAGCCAACUGCAGCUGAUGGAGGCUCUGGCACCUGCUUCCAGAGAGGAGCUCAGGACUGAGUCUACUGCUGUGUUUGCUCUGCUGUGA